GCAGAAUAGUUUCAUACCUGAAUUUACUAAUCAGUGAAUAAGCCGGUUGCGCUUUUAAAAAUAAGACAUUGGUAAUCGUGACUAAAAGACAUAGAUUUAAAGUAUGGUAAUUUGCAUUCUAAAUAAUCCUUGGUAUUGGUUACCGGAUGAAAGAGAAAUCAGUCAUAUUUUUCUUUGUCGAGAGGGUAAGACGCCAGUUGCAAUGGCAGAUGUAUUAUUAACAUUCGUAUUUGAUUGUUGAGACCGGAUCGAGUGAAUUGAAUGACGAGUAGUGUUUGCAAAGGACGAAAGGAUACUGAAGAGCCAGGGAAAUCAAAUUUCGUAAUUGGUCAAACAUGUCUGUGGAUAAAUGCGAUAUUGUCGCUGUAUUGUUAAUCAUCAGUUUGCUCCAAAUUACUGUGAGUUUCACUGGCGUCAAAGGUAACCAUAAAGGAAAUUCCAAAGGCGGCCAGUGCGUGAGACACGAUAGAUUUAACAACGCGAACAAAACUAUGAUCAACCCAGAAAAAAAUGAAUUGAAACGUUUUAGGCUUCUCUGUUCUGCGCCACCAUUUGAACUAGCAUUUGAAGUACGAUACACAAAUGGAAAACUAUGUAGCUGUGGGCGAUAUGAAGCCAUCAAAGGGAGAUUUGUCCAAUGUACGAAAAAAUUGACUUUGAAUUUCACCACCUACAUAUUUGCCGAAAAAGAACUUAAGAGGACGUGGAGGUGCCACUUUAAAUUUUAUGAGCAAGGUAACGAGUAUUUUUCUCAAGUUGAACUCACAAUUGGUCAAAAAAAUGUUCCUAAUGAACCAAGUUCAAUAGCUGGAAUGCCUGCUCAUCCAACAUGGCUCACAAAAGCAAAUUUUACCACUCGGCUUUCUACGUCUGUAAUUGGUCAUUUAUGUGGUGGAUCUUCACAGAUAACUAGUCAAAAUGUACUUGGAAAUUCUGCGACGUAUUCAAGUCAAAUAAGUUUAUUUCCGUCCAUAACAUUCACCUCUGAAAUUUCCUCAUCAAUGCCUAAGUCUUCAACUCCAACCAUCGAGCCGACACCCCUGGAUUCAAGCGUAGUUACGAUUAGUCUUUCCAUCUCGCCAGUGCUGCUGAUAACACCCUCAAUGAAGGAUAUUCAAAGAAGUUCCUUUAUACGAGUUACGCCAAGUAAAACCAACGUAUUUUCCACCAGCAUAUUGUCUCCGGAUGAAGAAGAGAAGAAAAAACUGAAAGAAGAUAUCGAGUUCGUCAACAAUUUAAACACAUCCAAUGUGAAUAUCAAUGAUGAAAAGACAAUUAAGCGAGUGUUGGAUGCUGCUGCGAAUUUGAUAAACACAAACCUAACAGCUGAAGACCAAAACGAGGACCCAGGAAUGCAAGCAGUUAAGGUGUUGGAAGAUCUUGGAAAGUCCAUUUCUCGACAACUUGCUCUACCCAAAAACGAGAGUUCUGUUACUUUUCAAAAAGUAACAGACGAUCUUGUGUUCGGCGUGGCUUUGGUGAAUGCAACGACAACACCAGACUUUUCAUUUCCUUCCGAUGAAAGUAAAGCAACGGGAAGUGAAAAGAUCAAUAUUCCAAGCUCUGUUUUUGUUUCAGACUCAGGCAAAGCAUAUUUUGUUGGUAUAAUUUUCAAGGCGUAUCGCGAAAUGAGAAACAAAACUGGGAAUUUCACCAUGGGAACUAAAGUUAUAAAUGCAGCAGUUUCGCCUCCGCUACGCAAAACACUUGCCGACCCCGUUGAAAUGACAUUCAAGAAAAAUAUUAUUAGUGAAACGGUUGCUUCAGAUUGUUCGUUUUGGAUAGAAAACGCCACGCAUCCAGGUGAACAUGGUGGAUGGUCAACGAAACAAUGUCAAAGAACAUUUGAAAAUCGCAGUCAUAUUCAAUGUCAAUGCUAUCAUUUCACUAACUUUGCUGUUUUGUUCAAAGUCUCGGAUAACCAGGAUGUGUCAAACGAAGACACGUUCCGUCUCGUUAUCAUAACUCACAUUGGCUUGGGUCUAUCUAUCUUGGGUUGUUUUCUCACCUUCGUUGUUUAUGUCACUUUAUCAAACGUCAAAACCGAUAGAGCAGUGAUCCACACGAACUUAGUUCUGGCACUUGGGAUUGCUGACGUGAUAUUUUUGGUAACUGUGAUUGUCAAACCAGUUGGGGAUUCAUGUUUAGCUUUGGCGAUGUUGGCGUUUUUCUUUUAUCUUGCUGUGUUUUUCUGGAUGUUGGACGAAGGUGUUUACAUUUAUUUGAUGGUUAUUAAAGUUUUUCGUGGCAACGAUGCUAUGAGACGAAGGAUGGCUUACCUUGUGGGAUGGGUGUGUCCAACAAUCAUCGCGAUUAUCACCUGGGUUCUUUUAAGAGAUGAAGUCGUUUCAAAAUACCAUUGCUGGUUAUCGGUUAAGUCGGGAGCUAUAUGGGCAUUUGUGGGUCCCGGAUUGCUGAUUAUUUUGAUUAACUUUAUUAUUCUUGUUGUUGUCAUGAGAACGACCUGGGUAAGAUUUGGUGAUGACAAAGAAUACGGCAGAUUAAAGUCGGCAACGAAGACAUUUGGCGCAGUCAUUCCUAUCUUGGGAAUAACCUGGAUUUUUGGUGUCAUGGCAUUCAAUGAAUCUUCCAUUGUAUUUCAAUAUUUAUUUGCUAUCACCAAUUCUUUGCAGGGGGCUUUAAUAUUCAUUCUUUACUGCUUGGUUAACAAAGAGGUGCGAAACGAGCUUCGACGGAAGCUAACGGUAUGGCAGACUCGUCGUGAGUUCUCUUCAUCCUCGGCGAACACUCGCCGUACCUAUGUGAUCUCUUCGGAAAAAAACACGACGUUCAAUCUCACUACAGCUUCGAUGCAGGCCACCCCGGACCUUUACCGGCGUCCCAUGGAGGUAAUUGAAGGCGUACCACCCCAGGGGAAGGUAGAUCUCGGGUAUACCUCUGAAGAUGACAAUAAAACAAAAGAGAAAGAAUUCGAAUUGGGUGGGGAAGAAUGGAGUGGUGGCAAGAAAGGCAAAAGUUGAAUCAGGCACCGGGGCUAAGCAUUUUAUCGAAUUGAAAAAAAGGACUUGCAUGGCGAUGGGAUAGUCAGCGUUACUUGCGUUACCGAUAGAUUGGUCGACAUGUAGAGGUACACAAUAAGGUUUUCUGUCAAGUUUUCUGUCAGGUAUAUAGUUAAUUAAUUGUCUCUCCAUUGACAAAGUUUUUAUCAGGUUUUCAUCCUAAGGUACCCGUUGUGACUAAUGCAAAACUAAUAUGACCAAUUGCUACACAAAUGUGUUUAGGAAUUAAACUAGAUGAAAAUGGUAACUAGGAUAGUUAUAUUGAGAUGAUAUGUAAGAAGGCAUUGCCAAGUGAAGGUUUGGCGUUAUAAAACGUACACAGCUCUUUGUUCUAUACCUUAUAAUACCUAAAACAACGUUAUAAUAAUCUUCCUAGGCCGAAACGCGAAUAUCUCAAAAGGUAGAUAUAGCGGCGCUAUGCUCUGAAAUCAGCUUCCAAAUUAACGAAGAAAAAUUAGUCACUUCGUUUCCAAAGCUUCGUUUGAAUUUUGUUGAAUAAUGACACGUUUCCUAUACCUACAUCUAUGUAAUUUGUGUAUGUGCAUGUGUAAACUGUCUAGUAUUGUAGUUUUAAUUGUUUUUAACAUUUAAACCUCCCCCAUGGAGGUAAUAUAUUGGUUUUAAAUAAAGUACUACAGAUAUACCUACCUACCUGCCUAUCUACCUACCUACCUACCAUGCAGGAACCUUAUCGGCAAAAAACUGGCAAAGACUAAAACAUGCUACGUGACGUCUGUAAAGAUGUUCAAGGUCCUUGAAACUUUUUUUUAGGUUCUGUGCAUAGCGA